AUGUCGCGCCGCCUCCACAUAUGCCUGUUCCGCGGCGUGAUAAGCCAGAACGGGCAGGCCGUGGCCCCCUGGGGCAUCGCACCCAGACCCCGCGAGAUGGCGCUCCGGCUGGCGGCUCUGCUGGGCGCGCCUACGCAGGACUCUGAGCAGCUGGUCGCCUUCCUUAGACAGCAGGACGCCCAGCUCUUCCUCGACCGCGACGACGAGCUCCUCACCGAGGAGGAAAAGUUUAAGAUAAACCACCUGCCAUUCAGUCCUGUCAUCGAGCCCGAGGUGGAGGACGCUGUAGUGACGGAGCAUCCGAUCAAAGUACUGAAGGAAGGCCGCUUCAACAGGGUUCCCGUGCUCACUGGAGGCACCUCUGGAGAAGGAGUGGGGUUCGUUGUGGAUGGAGGAUACCUGAGCGACACCGAGAAGCUACAGACUUUCAACGACAACUUCGAACUGGCCGUUGCGCCUUUGGUGCAUCUCCAAACUGAAGAGGAACGCAUCAACGCCACGUGGAAAUUGCACGACUUCUACUUCGGCCAAGGAGACAUCACAUUCGACGAUGCCCAGAGCUUCGUCAAUCUGGUGACGGACCUCUCGUUCUCAGAGCCGACAGACUCGCUGGUGAGGUACGUGUCGCAGCUCUCCGACCAGCCAGUCUACUACUACGAGUUCGAUUACCGCGGCGAGGUGCUCGGUAACACUACCUACGGCACUCCUCAUGCGGGGGAAAUAGGGUUCCUGUUCCUCGUCGAAAACAUUCCAGUGGCGUGGGAUCCCACAACUGUUGAAGGGGCUCUGAGGCAGAGGGUAGUUGAGAGCUGGAGCAAUUUCGUGAAGUAUGGGAAUCCCAAUUCUGGAAACGACAGUGUGUUGUGGGAGCCAUUCACCGUGUCUUCACCAAACUUCUUACACAUUACGACGGAGUACAGUUUGGAGCAGAACAAGGACAAGGAACGGAUGGACUUCUGGCAUGAGAACAUCCCCAUGUGA